CCGGGUGGCUAGCUGGCUGUACGGGGGUGGUGAUUCUUUCCGGUCGAACGAAACAAUUCACGGUUACUAAAUGUGAACAAUCCCGUGGAGUGCGUUGUUCUAAUUGCUUUUGUUUACCUCGGACAGGAGACUCCCGAGAGCGCUCCUGUUUGGCACGGAAGCUUCAAGGAUAAUUUACCACCACGACACCACCGUCGUCGAAGUACGUUUAGUGCUGUUACUACGUCAUCGUCAGAAUCUACUGGGGGAUUUUCACCUGAUUUAGCAAUGAUGUAAAUGAGCGAAAGCAUCCCCCCUCAACACUACCGCCGGAUAUCGCUUCUACUGCAGCGAAACGGUAUUUGUUCUGUUUCAGGAUGAAUGCACCGUGUCGGAGAAUUGUCGGUAGAUACGGCAAUCACAACAACGCCGAUGAUGAUGACGAUGCUGCAUGAAGCAUCACCCGCGUCACCACUUACACCUGGUACGAUGUCAGUAGCACACGAUCGAGACCGAGAGCGCGUAUCUUCCUCUUGCUGCUGCUGCAUGUCUCCGUCAUUUCAUGCGGUCGAUAGAGGCGUAUCAUCGUCACCAUCACCAUCAGCUUCACCAUAUAAAUCAAGGGCACAGCAUGCGAGUGGACCGUCCGUUUGGUGGCUAAAAAUAAAUAACAAUGCACGGAGAGCAUUGCUACAGUACCGGUCGUCGUGGAUGUCGUCGUCGUCGUUGUUGCCGCCGUGGUGGCCAUGAACGUCAGCUCGCCGUAGUUCGUUACCAGCUGCAGUGGAACCCGAUCGUUGCAGCCUUUUGCAGGACGUUCUUCUCGCGGGACGGGAUGUUUACCGUCUUAUAUAACGACAGUGUGUGCAGUGCAAGCGACAGCGUGUUUGGACGAUCGUGUUGAGCGCCUCCAUCGCCUUGCGUACGAGAAAGUAUAGGAAAUCGUUUGGUUUAGUUCGUUUGUUCACAAUGGAUAAAACGGUCCCGGAGCCAAGUGCUUCGAAGCCUCCCGCCGCUGCGGUGCAUCCUAACAGCAGUAACAGUGGCCCCAGCGUUACAGCCAGUGGAAAGGGCAAACGACCAUUUCUCGGUUUACUCUCGAAACGCUCGUCACGUGUUGAGCCGCAGCGAUGCUCGGAGAGCGAAGACGAGCAGCAAACGUUCGACAGUGGGUCGAGCUUCAGUCUGGUCGGUAAUCAUCAUACCGCUCCCGCAACACAACCAAAUGCAUUGCGGAAAGCGACAACAGCAAACAAUAGCAGCAGCAGCAGCAACAACAACAAUAACCACAACAACCGCAACAACAGUAGCAGCAACAGCAAUGGAGGCACCGUUACCGCUACGACCACAUCAACCAGCAGCGCAAGCCAGCGGCAAGAUUCGUCUAACCCGAGUGAUACCAACUCGUACCAGCUGCUCUCGACGUCAUCGACGACGACUACUACCACCACGACCUCGUCCACCGGGCCGGAGGGUUCAGCGGUGACGAAAAUACCGACCGCUGUACGAAAGCGUGACGCGUCCUCUACCCGACUCUCACUCGGCAAUCGUUUGAGCAAUUACGUUGCAGGAGCAAAUAACACAUCCGCCAGCACUGGCGGCGGAGCAGGCGGACAGUUCAAUCUCUGCUGCUCGAUCGACGAGGCAAUCGUGAAAUCACCGCCGCGCAAUCGAUACUCGCAUCCGGCGACGGGCAGCUCCAGUGCCGGUAGUGAUUCGUACGAUCUCGAGAUGCAGCAGCGCCGGCAGCAGCUAAAGCUGGAGCUAACUGCCAAGACGUGCACCAGCUAUCCGAUCGAAAAGACGAGCCCGUUGCGCCACCGGCGACCGCUGGAAGUGGGCCCGCGGGUGGAAACACCCCAGGAAGAGGAAGACGUAAGCGGGCGCAGCCCGAAAGCAAACGUUUCGCUCGUGAACAAUCGCGUGGUAACGAAGCCGAUCGUUUUCCGCGAGUACCAGAACCACACGCAGCGCGCCAUCAUGUCCAGUAAGUCACGGUUCAAGGAGCGCUUUCUUCCACCGCUGCAUCGCUGCAACAUGGACGGGUACGAAAAGAUGGAACAGCACUACAGCUCGCCGAACAUUGCCGAAAAGGAAGACGAUCUGCUGCUGCCCGGUGGGUGCGAUUCGCUCGAUCAGCACGAAUCGCGCAAAUCCAUGUCGUUCGACAUGGUACCGACCGGUGCAGUCGGCGACGGCGGUACGGACGAAUCCGACACGGGCGUAAAGGGACCGCCGGGCUCGGCCGAUUCACUCGCCCGGCAGGCCCUGAUGGCUGCCCACGUGCUCAACUUGAUACCGGCGGAAAAGGCACGCCAGCGCAACUUUCUGCACGGCCGGCUCGGCUCUACUUCGCUGCUAGGUGCAACGGAGCUGGACAAAAUACUUCCCACCCGCGAGGUUACCAUCUUUAUCGGCACGUGGAAUAUGAACGGCCAAAGUCCGCCGCGCCAGAUGAACGAUUUUGUGCUGCCGACAGCACUCGAGCACGUGCCCGAUAUUAUUGUGUUCGGUACGCAAGAGUCCUGCUCGGAGCGGUUCGAGUGGGAGGUGACACUGCAGGAAACGCUCGGCCCAUCGCACAUUCUGCUACAUUCCACCAGUCUCGGUACGCUCCAUUUGGCCGCCUUCAUCCGGCGCGACUUGAUUUGGUUCUGCUCGGAACCGGAAGACGCCUGUCUGUCGGUGCGGCCCGGUACAGCCUUCCGCACGAAGGGUGCGGUGGCGAUCUCCUUCUGCCUGUUUGGCACAUCGUUCCUGUUUGUAACGUCCCAUCUAACAGCCCACCAGCAGAAGGUGAAGGAGCGCGUGUCGGACGUGAAGAAGAUCAUACACGCGCUCGACCUGCCGCGCAAUCUUACGGUGAAGCACCGGAACAAGGACGUCACGCAAAACUUUGACAGUGUGUACUGGUGUGGGGAUUUAAACUUUCGGCUGAGCGAACCGCGCGACAAGCUGAUGCAGUGGAUCGAAACGACCCAGUUCCCGCUGCCGGCCCACCUGCCGCACGGCUUUAUGCACACGGAUCAGCUCACCUCGGUGCUUUCGGACGGGGCUGCGUUUCGAGGAUUCCGCGAGGCUAAAAUUACCUUCCCACCUACGUACAAGUACGAUCCCGGAACGCAGCGUUUCGAUUCGUCCAGCAAGCAGCGUGCGCCCGCGUACACCGACCGUAUCCUGUACAAAUUUAAACCACUCCCUGUGACAACGGUGCACCGGCGGGGGUCAAAUUUGCCAACAGGAGGCAAAAUAUCGCAUCCUCCCUCUCCGGUCAAAUGUAUUGCGUAUGAUUCAGUGCAAAGCAUAACCUCGUCCGAUCACAAACCGGUAUGGGCACUGUUCCGGAAUAUCAUUCGACCUGGCAUUGACACCGUUCCAUUAGCGGCAGGACUGUUUAACCGUGAAGUUUACUUGGAAGGCAUGAAGCGGCGCUUGGACAAUUCGGGAGCAGGUUCAUCUGCCGUGUGCAAUAUUCAAUGACGCCGGCUGUUUGACCGUUAAAGGUAAGAAAAGAUACGUAAGAAGGGCUCUGUGGAAGAUUGCGGAAGGUUUUUUCAACAAUAGGAUCAUAAGAGGACAUUUUUAGCGCGAAAACAAGCAGGGAAUUUUAGUGGAACAAUGAAUUGAUCAAACCAAGCGAUUUGACAAUGCGCAAUGCUGGAGCUUACUAUUGAUAAGACAUAUAUAGCUUCCACAGAGUAAGGUGUUAAAACUAGAUCGAAACUCUACCAUUACAUAGAGGUGGCGUAAAAUUAGUGGAUGAAACGUAUUGUGGUAAGGCAUGCCGUAUUGGCAGACGUAUUGGCAGACUGAUAUGCGGUCCUUUAAUUCCUUUACGAGCCACUAGUGCGCUUGAAUACGAUAAAAAAAAUACUAUGAGCGUCAGUGUGAAGGCGUGAACAUUAGCCACUUACAAGAAUUUUCUCUCUCAACGGAAAGCCUUAAGUGUUCCUUCUCCAUUUACUCUAGUCAGCGAUGUGCAGUAAGUGUCUCGUACAUGUAAAUGCCAUCGAUCGCAACCACUAGUCAUCUACUCGAGUGCACAGUUAACCGAGUAAAACCAACCAAAAACAAAUGAUUCUCAAGGCUCAUUGGCUCAUUAGCUUAAACUAGGGAGUAAGUGUUUUAGCACGUUUGUGAGUGUAUAUGUGUGUGAAUAGAAGCGUUACUAAAAUGCAAUUGAGACCCAGAAACUGAUAUGGAACAUAGCGGUAGGCAUCAACUAGAUGUGGUAAUUGAUAAUGACCGAACUGCAGAAUAGAUUGCCAGUGACUGUAACGAGUAAAAAGACAAAAGAAAACCUUGUAGCCUUUCUCUGUAGUUUAGAUUGAUUAGAAAUUGUAUACACUAUACUUACUGCAGCAACGCAGAGUGGAAAGGUUUAUAGCACUAGACCAGCAUCGUGAUGUGUUCCGAUAAGUGUUUGUGAAGUGAAGGAAACUUAACCAUUUCGAGUAACUGAAAGACAAACUAACUGUUCCUAUCCUAGCUAGCUGGUGGGAAGCAAUUAGUAGUGCAUAUUUCGAAUCAGCUUUCAGACCGUGUAUCUCACACAACUGCAGAGGCUGAACAAACAUAUCUAAUGCACUAGAAAACGUCAAUUCGAUGCUAGGAAUGAUUUACUUUUUUUUACUACAGCUUUACUUCUUUGCGCAGAACGGCAUUGAAAAUUUACGCGAGUCGUUAUAUGUUUAUUAUAUUUAUAUCAGUUGUGAUCUUAAAAAACACGGUUCUAGUCAUCAGGUUCAGUGGAUAACAUUUAAUUUAUAUGGUUUUUGUUUUUAUUCAUUUUUAUUCAUUUGCUUUUUUAUAUCUUCAAUUGCGUGUUUACUGAUUCAUUUAUAGAUUUACUUAGCUGCGUAUGGAUCUUUUGAGUUGAUUUUAUCUUUUAAUUUUGUUAUUUUUUAACUCUACAUAAGAUAACAUACUAUAAGCAUGAUCAUUCAUUUGAAACUAGUUUGGCAAUAAUAUAAUCUACAAAAGUUGUAUCUUAAGCUUUCAAAUCGCUAAUUAAGAAAAACUGUUCCACAAAUAGGAACUUGGUGUGAUAGCUCAUGUAGUAGUAGAUUGAUUUUUCGUAACAAAACAAUAUACACCUAUAUGAAACCUCUACACUCCUAUAUGAUACAGUACUGUAGAUCAGCUGAAAGCGAGAUUCAUAUUAUUAAUACCAGUAGCGAUCGUGUUCGACCUGAGCCUACCAACCCAACUAUCUCGAGUAGUGAAGAAGCAAAGAACUUUCUUAUUCCUGUGCCUUUUGCUGUUUUACAAAACAACAUAUACGACGCUCACUGGCGGUUGAGCAAAAACCGAGCUACUAACAAACAUCAACAACCAACUGUCAGACUAGUCGCACGAUACAACAUUGGAAUGGCUAAGUUUAUGGCCGUACUUAAAAACAACAUUAUCAUCCUGGAUGCUUAUAAACAAUAUAUUCGAUUAUUAUCAUGUUCCACUAACGAUGCAUGCAUUCCUUUAUACAUUCUCCAACGGGAACCGGCCCUUGAAUGAGUGAAAACAUAGCGUUCUACUACUACACGAUUGGAAAUUGUUUUGUGUUCUACCAGUAGUUCACAUAUUUAAAUUUGGCUAUUAAAAGUGUAGAAUCUAGCGAAAGUACUUUAAGUUUAGCCAGUUCCAAGGACAUCAGUUUCAUAAACAAACAACCACAAAAACCAUCCAUUCCCUUGUGUGCUGGUCAGUUUAGUAUAAACGUGUGAACGACAAUUCAUAAAAUUCAUCCAAUUCUCAACGCUACCAGAUAGGUGAUCUUAACUUAACACAAAAAAGGCUACAUAAUAUACAUAUACAUCUCUAAGGCGUCUCAAAUGGGAACUGUAUCGAUAUCUUCCAACUGCGUUAUGGAUUAGCAGAAAUAUAAACAAAGGAAAACUAUCUCAUAACGUGCAGUAAAAAAGAACAAAUAGCAGUCUUAUAGCAUCUAAGAAAAUGUACUCGAGUAGCGCUCUUCUUGGCACACAGCAGAACUCGGUGCCAUCAGAGUUAAACUAUGGCUCUCUAGGUUAAGUAGCAAUAGUAAUGCAUCUCAAAAGAACCAGCUCAUCUUGAUCAGCAAUGAAUGUACGAAUAAAAGCAAAUAUCAAAUCAGUGAUGAAACGCUGAUUUCUUUUACCAUUUUCA